AUGGCCAUUGCAGCUAGUGGACAUUCCAUUGAUUUGUGGACUCAACCUUGGAUUCCUUGGAUGAGUUAUAUGGAGUUCACUCUCUUGAUGAAUGGUUUAAAUAGAAGACACAUUACAGCAAGAACUAUUGCAGAUAUUUCCAUUGAUGGUGUUUGUCAUAGGGAAAUAGUUCUUCAAAUUUUUGGUGAUGAUUUAGGGGGGCGAAUCCUGGACAUUCCUAGGAUUUCUACUAAUCAUUCGGGUCAGAUUGUUUGGAGGGAUACUCAGAAUGGAAGGUUUUCAGUCAAGUGCGCCUAUUUUGCAAACCAGAAGUACAGAUUUAAACCAGUGAGAGACUUAUGGAAGAUGAUUUGGAAACCAGGAAUACAUCCGAGAGUUGCUAUUUUCAUGUGGCAAGUGCUUAACGGAGCAAUCCCCACAAGAGAUAAGUUGGGGUUCAUUCUUGAUAAGGAGUGUCUCUUCUGUGGUGAUGAAAUGGAGAGCUGUAUUCACUUAUUUAGAGAUUGUAAUGUGAUCAAAAAUCUCUGGAUAAUUGGAGAGUAUCCAAUCUAUUGCACUAAUGUUCCUGGUGAGACAAUGCAGGAGUAUGUGGAGAAUUUAGUAUCCAUCUUUCCCACUCCUGACCGAAGCUCUGUCAUCAACUACAUGGGCUAUCUUUUUAGUGCAGUUUGGGCUGAAAGGAACAAGUUGUUAUACAAAGGAAGUUCAGUAUUCCUCCCUUUGCUCCUCCAACAGGUUGCUGCUCAAUGGAAGGACUUCUGUAUUUCGGCCUCUGCUGCAGAUCCUCCUGGUUCGACUGUCCUUAAUCCUUGUCGGAGAGUCAGCAACGCCUCGAUUGUCUUGAUGACUGAUGCCUCUUGGAAGGAAGGAGCAGCUGGUCUUGCUGCGGUGGUAAUUAAUGGUGAUACGGGUAGAUGGGCUAUGAGAUCAGAAUUCACCACUGCCUACUCUACCCUGGAGGCGGAAACUAAAGCAGUUUUUUGGGCUCUUCAAUGGGCGUCUUCUGAAGGGUGGCAGGAGAUUCAUGUGUUAUCGGAUUCUUUGGUGGUUACACAGGCUCUAAAUCAAGGGAGAUGCAUUCCGGAUUGGCGUUUUUUGAAUUUGUCUCUAUCUAUUUUAGACUUAAUUAAAGGCUUUGUUUCGUGUAGUUUAUUUUAUGUUAAUCGUAGUGAAUUAUCUUUUGUCGAUGGUUUGGCGAAAAAUGCUAGAAUUUCUAGUGUGAAUGCCUCUGUAGUCCAAGGGGAGGGAAUUCCCCCUGUGGUUCCCAUCUUUCGUUCUUCUUAA